AUGGAGAUAAUUAAAGAAGUUGGAGAGAAAAACGUAGUGCAAGUAGUUACUGAUAAUGCUGCUAACUACAAAGCUGCAGCUCAUUGCCUAGAUUUAAUUCUUGAAGACAUUGCUAAGAUACGUUUGCAUAAGGAGAGUAUUCGUACAAACAAAAUAGCAUUGAAGAACAUGUUUUUAUCUCCAGAAUUUCAAGGCAGUGAUUAUUAUAUUAAAAAUCCCAAAGGCAAGGAGGUAAUGCGGAUUGUUACUCAAGAUGAGAGGUUUUGGAAGGUAAUAUCAUAUAUUAUUAAAGUUACAUUACCUUUAGUGAAGGUGUUGAGAGUUGUUGAUUCAGAUGAAAAACCAAUUAUGGGAUUUUUGUACAAUCAUAUGAGAAGGGCAAAAGAAGAAAUAGCAUACAAUGUAGACAAUGAUCAGAAAAGAUAUACAAAAAUUUGGCAAAUAAUUGAUCAUAGGUGGGAUAAUCAAAUGCAUCACCAUUUACAUGCUGCAGGGUAUUAUUUAAACCCACAUUUUCAUUAUGAUGAUGAUGUCCUCACCGAUAGAAGAAUAAAGGCUGGACUAAUGGAAUGCUUAGACAUUGUGGUGCCUACUGUAGAAGAAAGAUGUGAUAUUUUAGUUCAACUUGAUUCAUAUGAAAAUGAAGUUGGUGAGUUUGGCAGAUUGUUAGCAAUUGGAACAAGAGAGAAGGAACAUCCUGCUGAUUGGUGGAAUACAUUUGGCGACGAUACAAAAGAAUUGAAGAAUUUUGCUAUGAGAAUUCUCAAUCUUACAUGCAGUGCAUUAGGAUAUGAUGAAUGGGUUAUUGAACAAGAAGAUUCUGUUUUACCACUUCCAUUAGAUGAUUCUUGGUUGCAUUCAUUGUUUGAGAUCGAUGACAUUAAUAUCAUUCCUUUUGAAGAUCUGUCAAGGUCUAUGAAAAAGCGUAAAGGUGCUUCUUCUUCUCAAAAGAAAAAUGUUGGCAAAGGUAAAACAAUAAUAGAUGAUAUAGAACAUGAGAGCUUUGAUGAUGAAGCAACUGAAGAAGAAGAUGAACCUAUUCAAUAUAUGGACGAUUCAAAUGAUGAUGAACUGUCGUCCAUUAAAGAAGACGACAAUGAUGAAGAUACAAUUGACCAAUUCAUUUGA